AAGGUUGUCUGUCUUGAGAAACUAAUUACAGCAUUAUUGACUUGCGUGGUGGUGAAAAUAAGGUUAUUUAUGGAAAAUGUGUUGGAAUUGUCGUUUACACAAUUGUUAAUAUCUGGUCCAUUUUUUUUCUUUUCUUUGUCGUGAACGAACGUACUUUCGAAUGCCGAACUCCUUUUUUGGUCAUUUGGGUAGGAGAAACAUGGAUUUACCCACAUAUUUAAACAAGAGACAUCGGUGUCAUUGUUGUUAACGGUGCAUGUUGGGAAAGAACGGAUUUCACUGUCUUAAUGGUCGUCAGCGUUCUUAACAGGGCAUAAAAUAUAGAUAUAAAGCUCUUCUGUUUAAUGCUAGACCGACUACGGCCUUACCAAGUCUUAAUAAAUGUCUCCUUGAAGAAAGGUUUGUCGAUUUAAGAGAAACGCGAAUUAAGCUUUCAGUAAGACUAUAUUUAAUGAACGAACAUUGAUCGAGGUUAGACUGACCUUAAAAAUGUACAUCUGCUGACCGGAGCCAAACUCAUCUUUGCACGGGUUUUUCUCAGAUAACCCUUAAAACUCUUGAGUUCUCCCCGAUCAUGGAGCUAGCUACUGCUUUAGGAGCGUAUAUGAUUAUGCCAAGACAUUAUUCUGUAUAGAGAGCUUUAAGAAUAACUCUAAAGUGUUUCUUUUGGUAGUCAUUUUUUUAGAUGAUAGAAAUCGAAUUUAAACUUCGGAAAACCAUAGUUUAAUUGAAAUCAGCUUGUGCGUUACGUGAUAUUUGUGGUUUUGACGGUCGAGUAGAUUGUGACGACAUCUGACUGACCCAAUGGCAUUCCAAAUAAAGUCACUAGGUGCAGCGUCCAUGCCUGGUAAUCGAAGCGAUUGGAGAACCAAUGUCCUCUUGACCACUCGAUCCGUUUAAUCUUAUUAAGUAUAGACUAUUCUUAAUAAGCACCGAACUAUUACGACGAGCUUACUCGAUCAUUUGUCUAAAGAAUACAACUUAAGUACGAUGACGAGGUUUCUGGCAUUGGCGGUGUCUUUACACACUAUUCCACUUGUUUCUUCUUAAAUAGUGGAAUACUUUAACUUUCCAGUUCUGCCAAAGUAGGAUAAUCCUAGCAACCAUGAACCAACUGCUUCUCAUUUGAUAUAGACGUCCUACCUGGAUUCCUAGUUUCAGUAAGUAGUUUUGAACUGACAGCAAUCAGCGUAACUGGCCGAAGUCCCUUCGUACAUUGAGAACUUAUUCAUUCGUUUGGUUGGACAUUAAGCAUAUCUCCGCAAACCUACUCAUGGUAUGAAUAACGUGACAUUGGGUUUUUCCUGUUUUCUACAUUUCCCUGAUUGUUUGUCUUAUCUAGUACUGUAUAGUCACUACUAUUUUUAUAGGUAAAAUUUUGGAGAAAUUAUCAUAUUGUGGUAUGCCUACAUUAAGUCGGAAAAAACUACACCACCAGCUGGAAAAUGUUAAGACAUUUCAAAACCCAAAACUUGAGUUUGAACAGUACUGUACCUCAGCACAAGUUGCAGCGGACAUCUUGUUUAAUAUUCAAAUGACAGAUAAUGCAUUGGAAGGGAUGUCUGUAGCCGAUCUUGGAUGUGGUACUGGAAUGUUGUCUAUCGGUGCUAAACUCCUUGGAGCUAGUUGUGUACUUGGAUUCGAAAUUGAUGAGGAUGCUGUGAAUGAGUUUCAAUCAAACCUAGAAACAUGUGAAAUGCUAGAUGAAAAUAUUGAUGUUACUUUGUGUGAUGUAGCACGGCUCUUUCAUGGGAACAACAAGAAAUUUGUGGAUACAGUUAUUCUAAAUCCUCCUUUUGGCACUAACCCGAAUAAUAAUGGUAUUGAUAUGGCAUUCCUACGUGCUGCGCUGUCCAUUGCCCAUUUACAUGUAUAUUCGCUCCAUAAAACUACCACACGAAACCAUGUUCUACAUACAAUACAGAGUAUUGGUGCACAGGGCAAAGUGGUUGCAGAACUUCGCUAUGACCUGCCUCGUUUAUACAAGCGUCAUCGUUAUAAUACAGUAGAUAUAGCUGUUGACUUGGUUCAUUCGUGGUUUUAG